UCUAAAUUAUUCCGUGAUUUAUUUCUGAUUUUUAAUAAUUUCGGAACGUUCUUAUUCGAAAACUAAAUUUAUUUUUCGUUAACGAUAUUUUUAUAAAUAAUUAUUUUAAAACUUGGUUUUAGUUAAACUUUUCUAUUCCAAUUAGUUUCCUAAAAAUAGAGAACAAUUUUCAGAAAUCUUGCCUAACUAAGUGAAAUGACCAAAAUGCCCCUAAGGAACAAAUUGGCAUCUUUCCUUCUCUUUCCUUGCUAUUCACGUACAAACAACAACAAGAAUGAAGGAAUUCCUUCAUUCCUUUCUACCCACAAUUCAGACUACAUUCAUGCCUUGAUUCCCAAGGAUUUCACUCAACUCAACACUAUAAAUAAGCCACAAAUUGUCACCAUUUUUCCAACCAAAAAUCCAAAAUCAAAAACCAAUUUCACUCUCUUUUCUUUCCUGAUUCGAAAACACCACCGUGAAAACCACCGCCUGCCACCACCAUAGCCACCACUGCCCAGCACCAUCACCCCAACCACCUAGCGUCACUCGACCACCGUUCACCACCAAGCAUCACCACCCGUAGCCUCGCCUCCCCCCCUCCUUCAUCUCCCCUGCUUCUCGCCCUAACCCCGAACAAACCGCAGUCGCAUCACCCACUCACUGUCACCACCACCACCAGCCGAGUCCACCACCACCCUUGACCUCGCCGGAAAAUAUUGUAGCUUUCCCCAACCACCUACGACGCCACCCCUCAACUCCCCUGUUUUUGCCCUGUUCAUGCCCAUUUCUUCCUUUCUCUCGCAGUUUUGCCGCCACCAACAACCACCACCAUCACCGUCUCACCUUCGAUGCUACGUCGAACCACCGAGCCCAUCCCAGCCGCCACUUCCGUCCUCCCUCCUCUUCGUGCUUUGCUCCUCCGUGCUCCCUCCCCCUCUGUUCGUACCUCUCAUUCCAAAAAAAAAAGGAGAGAAUCAGUUCAAUUGAAACCUGAUUCAUUUUCCUCCAACCCAAAUUUAAGUUGGGCCAACUUAACCAUUUGGGCUUUGGAAUUGGACUCGGAGCUCAGGACGAACGACCAAGGAAAAAGGCCUGUCAAAUCGUGGAAUUGAGAAUGUCAACUAUCGAGGUGACUAACGAUAUUAACGAGGGAGCUCGCAACGAUCACAACGUCCAUGUCAACGAUGACACUAUCUACGAGGAUGUCGCCCAUGAUGAUCCCUAUGACGAUCAACCUAUCGAAGAUCACAAAGAAAGGAUGGAACGAUUAGAAACCGUUAGCACGAUGUUAGCUGAAUUAAUCAAAGAUUCUCAGAAAAAGAAAUCGACGAAUGCGAACGAAAAUGCGUCAAUGUUCAAGAAGUUUUCAUCCCUGAACCCACCAUCUUAUGAUGGCAAGCCCGACCCUGUAGAAUUCGAGGAUUGGAUUAACCGCAUAGAUCAGUUGUUUGAAACCUUGCAAUGUCCUAAGGAAUGGAGAGUCGAUUUCGCCGUGUUUUACUUAAUGGGUCAAGCAAGUUUAUGGUGGAAAGUUAAUAAGGAAAGGAAGAAUGAGCCUAGAUUUGGUUGGACCGAACUGCAAAAGUUACUGAGAGAUAAGUUUUAUCCACCAUCUUUGAGGAAACAAAAGGAAGACGAGUUUCUACACUUGCAACAAGGAACAAUGAGUGUUAUGGAAUAUGCAAACAAGUUCAUGGAAUUGUCAAGAUUUGCACCGGAGCUGGUAUCGACAGAACAAUCUAGGAUGAACCGUUUUGAGCGAGGUCUUCAUUUGAAAUACCAAGAUAGGUUGGCAACUCAAAGGUUUACUUCCUAUCAAGAUAUGGUUGAUAUCGCAGUUAAUGUUGAACGAGUUGUACUACUCCGAGAAGCACAAAAUGCUGGUGACAAAAGGAAGAAUGAUAAUCAAAAUCAUGGAGGAGCUAAAAGGCCAAACCAAGGAAACCAUAAUUAUAGAAGAGACCAAGGUCAUAAUGAUAGAGCAGCUCGUAGUAUAUGGUGUGCUAAGUGUGGAAAGAGAAACCAUACUGAAAGUGAAUGUCGUGCAGGAACGAAGACGUGUUAUCGAUGUGGAGGAAAAGAUCAUUUUGUCAGAGACUGCCCUAAACCACCUCCCACAGAUACUGGAAGAGCAACCUCGACCAAUCAUGAACGAAACAACAACAAUGCUAGGGUUAAUCAUGAUCCACCAUGACCACCAAUAUCUGGAAAAGCUUACAUGAUGAGAGCUGACAAGGAAGAAGAAGAUGACGUCAACGCUGAUACCAUUUCAAUUUAGUUCUUAUGUACGUUUGAACCUAAGUUUCCUGUUUUAGAUUUGAAUCAUGUCAUAGAUAUUUUGUCAAGGACAUGUUAUGAAAUGUUUAAGGAUCAUUAAUGUCCUCAAGGAAGUUUAUGAAAGAAUUAAUAAAAGCAUGAUUUUGUGGAUAUGAAUUAUUUUAAGGAACUUCUAUGUUUAUGAAUUAUUUAAGGUUGAUUUUUAGAGUACCGAAAGAGCAUGAGUUUGUAUUUAAGGAUGAAUGAUAGAGUACAAGAAGAGUGUGAGUUUGUAAAAGAUGAAUCAUCACUUAAUAUUCAGGGUUCAAAGCGUUUAAGUUAUGGUUAAGGUUGAUUUUAUGGGUUAUUUUCCCCGCACCUUUCAUAAUGAUUGUUUUGUGGUUAUAAGCACCUAAGUAUAUUUCCAGAUAUGUUAAGGAAGCUAAGCUAGAAAUCUUAAAAAAAAAAAAAAAAAAAAAAAGUUAUGCAAAAAUAUUAUGUGAUCGAAACCAAAAUAUGAUUUAUGGUGAAAGCAUGAGAUUGAGUUUGCAUAUAAGCUUUAAAGAUCUUACCAAAAUAAGUUAUCGAGAAUUAGUCUAUCUAUCAGAUUGAUGAUAUCAAUGAAUGUUAUGAAAUUCGAAAAGUAUUAUGAAUGAUUGAGGAAUACGAUGGAGUUGAGAAUAGAAAUCGACAAAAUGACAUGUCUGUAAAACCAGGUAGUCUGAACUAAGUUUCUGGAAGCUAGAUAAAGGCAUGCUUGAUGUCUUAGAGUUUCGGCCAAAUCCAAGGUUUGUCGACUUAAAAUACUAAGGAUGAGUAACAAAGUCUUAUGUCUAGUGAUGUAGUUCCUGUCACGUGAUUGGACUCGAACCCCCCACAACAAACGUAGUCAACAAAGUUGUUUGACGCAUAAGGAAAUAUCGAAGAUCGAAAUCAAAACAAAUCGAAUAACGAAAGUCAACAACAAGAAUUCCUGUAGCAAAGAAGGCAAGAGCAAACGAAACCGCGAUACCUCCAAAUAGUCGCCUGAGAAUGAUAUAAUGUAUGAAUCAUGAUGUUUUUGUAAACGUGUUAUGAAUCAACCAUGCUCAUGUGUCAGAUCAAAUGUUAUGCUUAUGUUGAAUAUGGAAUUUUGAAUUUAUAAACUAUGUCUAUAUGAUAUGGAUUAUGCUUAUGCUGACAUGAUUAUAUUGGUAAUCUAAUUGUUAUACAUGGAAGCCGCCUCCGAUGGAAGUUCUCCUGAGCUCAGAGUACGAGAUUGAUAUAAUAAAUGACUUUUACAAAUUAUUCGUGUAUUGAAAUUGGUUGAUAAAUAUUUAUUUUCACUACAUCUACAUAUAUUUUCAGAAUUAUAAUUUAAUUUUUCAUUAAAAGUUACUAUUUUGGUAGAAAAUAUUUUCAAACAAGAUAUCACAAAGUAAAAUGGAGCCUAGUCUAAGCUAACAAUUUGCCCCUUUUAUGUUCUUUGCUCCUCGAUCCUAUUUUAUGAAGUAAAGUGGAGAUACGAAAGACGAUGGCGGAAUGUAAUUGACCUUAAUGACGAUUAAGGAUCAAUAUAAUUUUGCCCCUUUUUGUGUUCUUUACUCUUCGAUUCUAGGUCUCGAGUUGAAGCGGAGUUCUAAAAGAUGAUGGCGGAAUGAAGGCUAGACAUUGUCAGAAUUGAAAUGGUGAGAUCUUGGUUUUAAAUAAAACAUUAUACUUUUAUUCGAGCGUUUUCAAUUUUCAACAAUCAUUUUAUAAAUCUAAUUUUCAAGUUUCGAGGACGAAACUUUUUCUAAGGGGGUAAGAGUGUAAUACCCCGAAGUUUUUAAAUUUGAUUAAUCAUGCUUAAUUAUUUUUAUUUAGCUUAAAAUCGUUUUAAAUAUUAAUUUCAAACUUUAUUUUAAUUAACGAAGUUUUAUUUCGCUUAAAUUUUUAAUAUUAUUACACGAUUUAUUAAUUUUCAGAUUCUAUGACUAAAUUUCAAAUUUUUCGAGCUUAAGCUACUUUUUAAAAAUCUAAAUUAUUCCGUGAUUUAUUUCUGAUUUUUAAUAAUUUCGGAACGUUCUUAUUCGAAAACUAAAUUUAUUUUUCGUUAACGAUAUUUUUAUAAAUAAUUAUUUUAAAACUUGGUUUUAGUUAAACUUUUCUAUUCCAAUUAGUUUCCUAAAAAUAGAGAACAAUUUUCAGAAAUCUUGCCUAACUAAGUGAAAUGACCAAAAUGCCCCUAAGGAACAAAUUGGCAUCUUUCCUUCUCUUUCCUUGCUAUUCACGUACAAACAACAACAAGAAUGAAGGAAUUCCUUCAUUCCUUUCUACCCACAAUUCAGACUACAUUCAUGCCUUGAUUCCCAAGGAUUUCACUCAACUCAACACUAUAAAUAAGCCACAAAUUGUCACCAUUUUUCCAACCAAAAAUCCAAAAUCAAAAACCAAUUUCACUCUCUUUUCUUUCCUGAUUCGAAAACACCACCGUGAAAACCACCGCCUGCCACCACCAUAGCCACCACUGCCCAGCACCAUCACCCCAACCACCUAGCGUCACUCGACCACCGUUCACCACCAAGCAUCACCACCCGUAGCCUCGCCUCCCCCCCUCCUUCAUCUCCCCUGCUUCUCGCCCUAACCCCGAACAAACCGCAGUCGCAUCACCCACUCACUGUCACCACCACCACCAGCCGAGUCCACCACCACCCUUGACCUCGCCGGAAAAUAUUGUAGCUUUCCCCAACCACCUACGACGCCACCCCUCAACUCCCCUGUUUUUGCCCUGUUCAUGCCCAUUUCUUCCUUUCUCUCGCAGUUUUGCCGCCACCAACAACCACCACCAUCACCGUCUCACCUUCGAUGCUACGUCGAACCACCGAGCCCAUCCCAGCCGCCACUUCCGUCCUCCCUCCUCUUCGUGCUUUGCUCCUCCGUGCUCCCUCCCCCUCUGUUCGUACCUCUCAUUCCAAAAAAAAAAGGAGAGAAUCAGUUCAAUUGAAACCUGAUUCAUUUUCCUCCAACCCAAAUUUAAGUUGGGCCAACUUAACCAUUUGGGCUUUGGGUAAGACCAACCUAAGUUUUCAGAAUUUCUAUGGUGUUUAUGUUUAAUAAAUUGAUUUUAUAAUAUAAUUAUUUACUAAUAAAUCGUUAUUAUUUUUCAAGUUUAAUUAUCGAUUUUAAUAAAGGAAAUUACUAGAUUUAUUUAACAAAAAGGGAAUUUAAAUAAUAUUCAUGACAAACAAUUUAUAAAAUAAAUAAAUAUACAUAUAUAUUUUUUAUUGAAAAUUUGAUUAAUAUUAUUUUCAUUAAAUUUCGAAAGUAUAUUUUAUUAAAACUCUUUAUUUAUAAAAUUUAUUAAUUAUAAAAUCUAUGAUUUUAUAAACUAUUGAUUUUAAACUAUUUAUCGAUUUAGUACUAAUUCAAUGAUUUAAUACUUUGAAAGAAUUGGACUCGGAGCUCAGGACGAACGACCAAGGAAAAAGGCCUGUCAAAUCGUGGAAUUGAGGUAACGGUUACUGCUAGUACCCGCAUUCCCUUCGAAAUGUAUUUAUGAAUGAUGUUAUGAAUGAUUGAUGUUUUAUAAUGAUGUUUUGUGAAUUGCGGGAUUACAAGUAUGAUUUGAUUGAAUUGUUUUACGAUAAUGCAGCUUUAUGCAAAGUAUUAAUUUAAUGAAUUAUUAUUAUUCCUGAAAGAAAUGAUUUUAUGAAAUAACGAGAUUUAAUGGUUUAUUGAACCACCCUGAAUGAUUGAGAUUUUCCUGAUUAAUGUUCGAUUAAAAGAAAUGUAAACAUGAUAAAUAAAAGUGUAAGAACUGGUCAAGUUCCCCUGAUAUGGAGCCCAGGCUCCCCCUGAUAAGAAGCACUGGCUUCCCCUGAUAUGGAACCAAGGUUCCCCCUGAUAAGAAGCACUGGCUUCCCCUGAUAUGGAACCAAGGUUCCCCCUGAAAUGAAGCACUGGCUUCCCCUGUUAUGGAGCAUUGACUCCCCCUGUUAUGAAGCACUGGCUUCCCCUGUUCGUAGGAGACGUCCUACCAUGUUUUCCUGUAAAGUCAUGACGACCAGAAUAAAUACUGUUAAAAGGAAAAAGAGUAAUGAAAUGACGUUCCUGAAAUUAAUGUUCCUGAAAUGAUGUUUUUGAAAUGAUGCUUCUGAAAUAUUGAUUUAUUAAAUGUUUUACUAUAUUCUAUUCUCCCUGUUUAUUAAAUAAAAUGAAUUGAAAUGAUGUUACGAUGCUAGGGUAACUUGUUACUGAGUCUUCGGCUCACCGUUUUGUUUUCCGUUUUAGGUACUGCUGGGGACCACGGAAACGAGUAGUGGCGAGGAUUUCACUAUUACCAAGUUCACCUAAGUUAAUGUUAAGUUGUAACAAGAUUCAGUAAAGAUUCGAGAUUAAGUUAUGUACUUUGAUUAAGGAUUUGAGAAGGAUGAUUAUGUGAAUUUUGGAGUUUAAUAGCUUAUGAUUGAUAGUUGCCUCGUAAUUCCCAAGAGGGAGUUACGGCGGGUAAUGUCCCGACCGAAUUAGGUUAAUUCCGCUGCUAAUUAUGAUUAAAUAAUUGAAUUAGAGGUCGGGGCGUUACACAAUAUGUUUAGAUCAAAACUGAUUUGUACAGAUCAUGUCCAGAUCAGAAUCGAUAUGUCCAGAUUAUAACUGGUCUAGAUAUCGACUCUGUACAAAUUAUGUUCAGAUCGGAAUUGAUCGGCAAAGAUCAUGUCCAUAUUAGAAUUGAUUAAUAGUGAUCAUGACCAGAUCAUAACUGGUCUGUACAGAUCAUGACCAGAUCAGAAAUGAUAUGUACAGAUGAUGUCUAGAUCAGAAAUGAUCUGUACAGAUCAUGUCCAGAUCAGACCUGAUCUGUACAGAUCAUGUCUAGAUGAGAACUGAACUGUACAACUCAUGUCCAGAUUAGAACUGGUCUGUACAGAUCAUGUCUAGAUCAGAACUGAUCUGUACAGAUUAUGUCCAGAUCAGAACUGAACUGUACAGAUCAUGUCCAGAUCAGAACUGGUAUGUACAGAUCAUGUCCAGAUCAAAACUAGUCUAUACAGAUCAUGUCCAGAUCAGAACUGGUCUGUACAGAUCAUGUCCAGAUCAGAACUGAACUGUACAGAUCAUGUCCAGAUCAGAACGAUCAUGUCCAAACAGAACAGAUCUGUACAAAUCAUGUCCAGAUCAGAAUCGAUCUGUACAAAUCAUGUCCAGAUCAGAAUCGAUCUGUAUAGAUCAUAUCCAGAUCAGAACUUAUAUGUAUAGAUCAUAGCCGAUCUAUCUAGAUCAUGUCUAGGUCUAUCUAGCUAAUAUAAGGAAUAGUUAAAUCAUGAGCAAAGUCAAAUAAAUAAUAUCAAUAUUAUAAAUUUGUGUAAACAUUUAUUUUACACGUAAGUCGUUUAAUAUUGAUAAAUGUAGAUUUUUGUUUAAACUUAAUUAUGAAGAAUCAGAUCAGAUCAGAUCAGACCAGAUCAGAUCAGACCAGACCAGAUCAGAUCAGACCAGACCAGAUCAGAUCAGACCAGACCAGAUCAGAUCAGAUCAGAUCAAACCAUAUCAGAUCAGAUCAGAUCAGAUAAGUUCAGAUCAGAUCAGAUCAAACCAGACCAGAUCAGAUCAGAUCAGAUCAAACCAGACCAGAUCAGAUCAGAUCAGAUCAGAUCAGGAGAAAUAAGGUGAAUUAAAUAGGGCCGGUUAAAAUUAAAAGUUGGCACAAAAAAUGAUAAUAUAAUAAGUUUAUAAAAGGAAAUAUUCUCCCACAUAACAAACAUUGUGAAACACCCUAAAAGGAAUACGUAACAAACAAAAAGAAAUGGAGGGAGUACCAAUGGAUUUAAUUGGUUAAAAUAAUAAUUGGACACAAAUUUUGAUAGAAUAUUAAAUUAUUUAUGUGAUAAUAUAAAAGGAAAUGUAAAGAACAUUUUGAGACACCCAAAAAGGAAAACAUAAAGAACAGAAAGAGACGGAGAAA